AUGGAACAAAAGCAAUUCUACUUGGAUGAGAAAGUAUCUUCGGAAGAUGAUACAGUUGGAGGAGAAUCAAAAUCUUCAUCAUCAAACGGAGAAAUUACUAAGAGUAAGGUAGUUUUUCCAUCGAGAGAAGACUCCUAUCCAAUCAUUGGAUACAUUUGGAGUGAUGAAAAGUACAUGAAAAAGACAAUGAGUUCUUCAUCAUCUGAAUUUGGUAAUUCUCAAAAAGAGGAAAAUAAGAAAAUUGUCUAUGUUGUAAUUAGUGUUGCAACUGGUAUGCAUCAGGAUUAUCACUUUCUAUUUGCUGAAUAUUUGGUUGCGUAUGGAAUGGAAAGAAAUCAGCCAGUGAUUGUUCUGACAUAUGAUUAUAGAGGAAUGGGAGAAUCGAGAGAUGGAGAAAAGCCAACUGUUAAUUGUACCUUUUUUGAUUGGGCUAAGGAUUAUGGAGGUGCUUUGGAUUUUGUUAAUUUCUAUCAUUCGGAUAAUUAUAAAGGAAUUCCAAUGGAAGUGAGUGUUGUUGGAAAUUCAAUUGGAGCUUAUUUAAUGAUGCUCACACCUAAAGAUGUUUCACCUAUAGUACAGAGAGGAUUCAUGCUAUCAGCAUUCAAUGGAUAUAAUGGAUAUAUUAAUUUAUUUAGAAAUAAGGAUAGAUUUCAACAUUAUUUGAGAACACGAAUGUUUUUUGAAAGUGUUCCUUUAUUGACAUUGCUGUAUGGCUAUUUCCCAUCCAGAACUUUUUGGAAUGCAAUGGAAGAUUUACCAACUGGAGUUGCAAAGCAGUGGAGACAUUUUGGAACCCUACCUGAAUACAUGACAGAUCCAAAAACCAAUCAAGUGGUGUUACCUUCGACAGUCAACCAUACAACAUUCCUGAACUGGGUCUUUGAAGAUGAUGUGUUUACCAAUCAAGUUUCCACUGAAAAAUUCAAUUGUAAAUUUUUAUAUAGAUGCAAGGAGUUUUACACUGAGGUGAUUCCUCGACCUCUCAUGAAAAACAAAUCACCUCCAAAAUAUUUACCUAUUGGACAUGUUGGUUUCUUCUCAAAGCAUACGAAAAAUUUCAGUGACUUGUGGAGUGAUGCAAGUGAAUUUAUAAUUUUUGGAAAUUUCAAAAGAAGCACUACUAAGCGAUACUAUCCAUCACCAGAGAUUCCAAUGACAAGACCUUCCAAAUUGUAAAUUAAUGAGAUUAUAGCAGUAAAAGAGUAAUAAUUG